UGGGUUCAGUAGUUCGUGCCUUUACGAAAGUUCUCUUAUUUGUAAUGACAUCUAGAGGGAAGUGUACAAACAUUUGACAAACGAUCUGAAAUCUUGAUUAUAGUCGAAUAGCGGUUACACGUUAACUCGUGGUUGAGACAACCGCAAUUUCUGGAACUAUUUCAAAAGCUAAAGCCAUAUCGAUCUAGCCAAGAUUUUAGUUUCGUGCUGUCAUAUAUCUUGAGUUAGUCAUGGUAUAUUUGAGUACUGUUGUAUAAAUGUGAGUGAAUGAUAUGAACAUGCUGUAUUUCUCUCUGUAUACUCUUGAAAUGGCAUUUUUAGCAUUAUGUUUAAUGACAAUCACAAAAAUGUAUUCCCCUUCAAUUUCUUCAAGGCUGACAUAUGCGUAGUUCUAUCAAAACGCAAACAUCCAAAUUAUGUACAGUUUAUUAUUAAAAUCUAGAUCUUUUUCAAACUAUUGGGUUUCCUAGCGGACAGCAAGUAUAUCAUAUAACAACCAUGGGGAAAGAAAGAUUGUGACAAUCGAUUAGUGUCACUUAUUUCUAUACAAAAGAUUUCUCACAGACCGGUCCCUUUAUUCCACAAUUCCCCUUGGAUAUUGUUAUGUUAGAACCGAAUCUGAUCAUUCCUGCUGAUGACCAAAAACUAUUACAAUGUUUAUUAGAUCAUCAUGGGAAAUUAACACCAUCUCCUGAUUCUCAACACGCUCUGUCGAAUUUAAACAAUAGAAUUUGUGAAAUUUUGGAUAAUAUUAUUGUAAAUCCGUCUAUAUUCGAAUCUGGGCAAUUAGAUCAUGUUCGUUCAGUUGGAUCUUUCAAAUUGAAUACGUGGUUGAAUGGUUCAUGUAUAUCUGACUUGGCCUGUGUUUUUCGAACACUCCCAACUCUUGAAGCUGUACAAAAUUUAGCAAGUUUUGUUCGUCGCCAGUUGACAAGCAAUAAUUCACCAUCUGAACAUGUUAAUUGUAAAGUUGAAUUAGAAAGCUAUGGAUUUUCUGUUGCCUCAGGAGACUGUAUUGUACAAGUAUUAAUCACUACUACUCCAAUGAAUUUAAAUCGAACAAGUCCUGAUAUACAUAUUAGUUUAGCUGCACAAAAGAUUGCUUUGGCUUCAAUUCGUCAUUUAAGAUGGGCAGAAGAAAAUGCAACACAUACUACCGUGAAGGUUUUAAUCCGUAUCUUGAAAGAUUUUCGGCGACGUUUUCGGGGUUUUAGUUAUAUGAAUUCCUGGUUGAUAGACUUGUUAGCUCAUUAUGUUGUAAUGAAUAAUCCAUCACGUCAACCCUUGCCACUUAAUCAUGCGUUCAGACGUGUAUUCCACCUAUUGGCCAGCGGUUUCCUUCUUCCUAGUAGUACAGGUUUAAUUGAUCCUUGUGAACAAGGGAAUUUACGUCUUCACUCGUUAAUGUCUCUUGUUGAACAGGAUGAAAUAUGUUGUACAGCUCAAGUACUAUUACGAAUUCUUAAUUACGGAGAUUACCCAUCACUAUUCACGCAUACUGAUUUGGAUGAUACAUCAAGAGAACAAUUAUUAAAGACCGCCACAAAAUCGAUUGAUAAUCUGAGUAUUUUAGAGUGGCCCGAACCAAUUGCAUCGCAUUCACAACAGAUAACAGAAAAUGUACGCAUUUAUGAACGCAGCUUUGAUUUCCGCUCUUCUUGUACGGAUUAUCAAUAAUACUUGGUUAUUUGAUCUGAAUUAAGCUGACGAAUACCUGGACUUAUAGACCAAUUUUGAAUGAAAAUGGCUUUAUUCAAUACAUCAAAAUUUUUGUUAAAACACUUCUGUUGGCCGCUAGAUAAGUCUAUAUAUCUUCAAACAAAAUGGUAUGCUCUUCAGUAUAUGUUCAGAAUAUUCUCCGUGUACAAGGCAAUCACUUUCAAGUCGGAUAGCGUUGAUAAAUUUAGUGAAUGUGUCGAAUGAUCAUUUACUUUAAAAGUCAAAGAUAUCUGAUGCGGUUAAAUAAUUAAAGUCUUAUGAUAAUUUGGAUGAUAUCUUAAAGUCUAGACAUUUUGAUAAUUUGAUUGAAUGAUGUGUUUCUCAUCGACCUAGUCAUUCACUUGAUUGUUCACUUUAUUUCUUAAUCUUCUGAAGUCAAAUAAAUGAUCUAUUAUCUUGCUAUUCUAAGAAGGGUUAAUAUAGUUUUUCGCUAAAUAACACGUUACUAUGGUCAAAACUAAGUCAUAUAUGACUGUUUAUUUUCUUAAGCUCAUUAAUGAUGUAACAAAGAUUCUUCAAAGAAAUCGAAUUAAAAUUGUUUUUGUCAA